AUGACUGUUGUGUUAUUGCACAUUGGAGUUUUGUACAUUGGAUCCACAGAUUCUGUUCAGCCCUCUGAUCUGAGGGUCGUUCUGGUGGGGAAGACAGGAACAGGGAAGGGUGCAACAGGAAACACCAUCCUGGGGAAACCAGGGGCCUUUCUCGCGGAACCUUCUCCAUCCUCUGUGACGAUCCGUUGUUCCAAACAAACCGGUCACUACGACAACCGAACCGUCCACGUUAUUGACACCCCGGGGGUCUUCGACACGAAGAUGAUGCCAGCUCAGCUGAAGGUGGAGAUGGAGGAGUGUGUGUAUCUGUCCUCCCCCGGUCCUCAUGUGUUCCUGCUGGUCAUCAGUCUGAGAGGCAGGUUCACAGACGAAGAAAGGAACGCCACCAAGUGGAUUCAGGAGAACUUCGGAGAAGAAGCUUUAAAAUACACCAUGAUACUUUUCACCGGGGUCGACGAUCUCAAGGGAACGGAGCUUGAAGAUUUCGUAAAGAAAAGCCCUGACCUCGAGGAAGUAGUCAGGAGUUGCGAGGCGGGGUACGUUGCAUUCGACAACACGCGCAGAGACAACCGCACGCAGGUGGCGGAGCUGUUGGAGAAGGUGGAGGAGAUGGUGCAGUGGAACGGAGGAGAACACUACACCCACCAGAUGUACGAGGAGGUGCAGAGGAAGAGGAGGGAAGCUGAGACGUGGAGGCAACGAGGGGAGAUGAUGCAAUCUGUCGGUAACGGUCUGCUAAUGGCUGCUGCUGGAGUAGCGACUGUGGCGUGUCCGCCUGUGGGAGGCGUGGCCUUGGUGGCAGGGGAGCUCGCGAUUGGUGCCAGGUUGGGGGCGGCGCUCAUGACUGUUGGAGGCGGGGUUUCUAAGUACCUGGGCAGCUGGAUGAAGCCAAAGGCUGAUAGACAGGGUAGGCCCUAA